UUUUUCCUAUUUAGGGCGCUAAAAUUUUUCUUAAGUUUCACUUGGCAACAAGCUGAAUUUUAAACAAUUAUUUACAUUUAUUUAAAGUGAUUUUUAAUGGUUUUAGUGAACCAUAAUAACCAUGGUGUAGAUGUCCACUCACUAGUUGAUUAGAUACAUUUUAGGCAACGAUUCACUCAACUCAUGAUUUGAUUUACGUUUUAUGAUUCACGAUUCGAUUCACAAUAUUUUUUUUUCCCAAAAUGAGAUAAAAGUGACUUCUAAAUAACAAAACUAUACAUAAAAAAUAUCAGCAUGAAACAGAAACAGCAGACGAGCUGAACGAGACGCAGAUUCACUCUCUGCCAGCAGGUGGCGUUUAAAGUAUUUCCUUGGUUACUGCUGUAAACAAAGCAGCGCUGCACUUAUGAACUUUAAUAUGCUUUAUACAGAGGCAAGAGGAAAAUAAAAAAAACGAUCUAAUUUUCUUAAGACAGUCAGUUCCCCUCAGACAUACAUUCAUAUAAACUACCCCUAAUUGAAUCGCGAUUUGUUUAGCAUCUCAACCGAUUUGAAUUAUAACAUUUUAAUCAAUUUUGAUUUUGAAUCGUUACAUCUCUAAUAAAUGUGUAGCUUUUCACUUUCCCAACAUUGCAAGUUUUUCACCGUAUCUGUCAUUUUGCUCCAGCGUUCCUGUGGUUAUGUGGAGGAUCUGAGAUGAGAAGGUUUCUUCGGGAGGCACGUGGCGCUGAGGCAUGUCUUUAAGAGAGUCUCCUUUCCCAAAUUUCUUCCUGGAAGGUCUCCAUGCCGUAGGAUGGGGUCUGAUCUUCCCUUGUUUCUGGCUCCUGGACCGUGUCCUCGCCAUCUGCAUCUCCACCAGUCUGGAGCGCAUGUUGCGGCGCGAGAUGGAGUGCUACCUCCACCCUCUUCAGGUCGUCUUCGGCUCCGUCUUCUUCUUCAUCCUGUUCGUGAUCUCCACGCCGUUCGCCCUUCUGGGGUUCGUGCUGUGGGCGCCGCUGCAGGCUGUACGCCGGCCGUUCGCGUAUCAUCAUCAGGAGCAGAUCAUUCCCAUGGAGGAUCGCAAUGCUAGAUGGGAAGAAACGGGGAAAGUCAGUUUCGGGUUUUUGACAGGAAACUUGUGCAUGCUUUCCGAUGGCGUUGCACGCUUCAAUAACAUUGGGCACACGCAAAACCGCGCGGCGUACAUCGGGAAAAGCAUCGUGCAGGGUGUUACACGCCCUCACAUCUGUAUCUUUGUCGAUUCUCCCAGCAGCUGUAGCACCAUUACGCCAUCCAGCAGUUUGAUCCCGCAAGCGGCGCCAUCCUCGUACGGAUCCAUAGAUGUAUCCGCGACCAAUCCAUUGGAAGAUAUUCGUGAAACCGACAACCUUCCCAAAACUAACUGCGUUCAGAACUGCAACCAGCACAAGGAUCCGCCUCGGAGGCAAUUCCGGGAUGCAGAUGUGCCGGUGGAAGUGUCCGCUCUGUUCCCGUCCUCCGUGGACGUUAUGUGUUUCCAGGAGGUUUUCGAUAAGCGAGCUGCUAUGAAGCUCACACGGGCUCUUGGUCCACUCUACGGACACAUCCUCUACGACGUCGGCGUCUACGCCUGCCAGCCUGCUGGAACAUGCUCGUCUUUUAAGUUUUUUAACAGCGGUUUGUUCCUGGCUAGUCGCUAUCCCGUGAUGGAGGCUGAGUAUCACUGCUUUCCCAAUGGACGAGGAGAAGAUGCUCUGGCUGCCAAAGGACUGCUCACUGUAAAGGUGGAAAUCGGGUUACGAAAAGGAGAGAAGAAAAUGGUCGGGUAUAUUAACUGCACUCACCUGCACGCUCCUGAAGGGGAUGGAGCCAUUCGCUUCGAGCAGCUGAACAUGUUGACCAAAUGGAUCAAUGAGUUCCAGGCAGUGACCAGACGAGAAGAUGAGAUGGUGAUGUUUGAUGUGCUCUGUGGAGACUUUAACUUUGACAACUGCUCUUCUGGAGACAGGUUGGAGCAAAGCCACCGUGUGUUUGAGGACUAUACGGACCCCUGCAGAGCCGGAGCCGGGAGAGAGAAGCCCUGGGUCAUCGGAACCGUGUUGGAGCAGUCGACGCUCUAUGAUGAGAACGUAAGGACACCAGACAGCCUUCAGCGGACUCUGGAGACUGAAGACCUGCGUAAGGACUAUAUUUGUCCUCCGAGGGCAGUCGAAGGUGUUCCUCUGGUCUGUCCUGAGCCUGAUGAGCCCUGGACGGGACGCCGAAUCGAUUACCUUCUGUAUCGAGAGAGCUCAGUCUCCAGUCACGGCAAAACUGAGCUAGAGGAGUUGAUGUACGUCACACAGCUGGCUGGACUGACCGAUCACGUUCCUCUGGCCUUCAGACUCUGUGUGUCUCUGGAUCCACAGCCGACGGACGCAAGCCUGCUUUAG